AUGGAGUUUACCAUCCGAAACAUCAACCCAGUGCCUACACAACCUGCAGCUGCAACCAUCUCACGGCCUUUGCCAUAUUGCUGUAAACUGCUCAGAGAUAUUCCAUCCAAGAUCCUGAUCCAGCUCUGCCUGUCUCUCCUCUUGCUCAACCUGGUCUUCUUGCUGGACGGCUGGCUGGCGCUCUACCAGGCUGCUGGGUUGUGCAUCAGCACCGCCUUCUUCUUGCACUACUUCCUGCUGACAUCAUUCUCUUGGGCGGGGCUUGAGGCCCUGCACAUGUACCUGAGCAUCGUGCGGGUGUUCACGCCCUAUGUGGGCAAUUACAUGCUCAAGUUCUCCCUGAUGGGCUGGGAAUCGUUGUUGUUUGCAGGCAUUCCUCUGAUUGUGGUGAUUAUUGUGAUAUCAGUGGACAAAAACAACUAUGGUCUCGUUCCAUAUGGAAAAUACACAGAUGACACUUCAAACGGCUUCUGCUGGCUGCGUAACGACAUCGCCUUCUACGUGGGCGUGGUGGCCUACUUCCUGCUCAUCCUCGUGCUGUGCCUGCUGGUCUUCAUUGUCGUCAUGGUCCAGCUGCAUCGGAUCAAGAAGCAGAACCCUCAGAACCAGUCCCCCAACCGAGGCGGGGUGACCGACGUCCGCAGAAUCGCUGGCCUCGUCAUCUUACUCGGCCUCACCUGGGGCUUCGCUCUGUUUGCCUGGGGGCCCCUCUACUUACCCUUCGUUUACCUCUUCUCCAUAUUCAACUCUCUGCAAGGUCUGUUGGUCUUUGUUUUCCACUGUGCUGUGAAGGAAAAUGUCCGCCGGCAAUGGAGAACGUAUCUCUGCUGUGGAAAACUGAGACUGGCUGAAAACUCAGAAUGGAGUCGAACCGCCACCGCCAACAACAGGAAUCUGUCGGUCCCCACAGCAACCACCUCGGCUCUCAACUUUGCCUCUCGGAGCUCCUCUGUCAUCAGCGAUGCCGCCAACAGCAGCGGUUCUGUGUUUGUGGACAGCGGAAUAUCUGACGGCUCCAACAGCGAUGUCGUCCUCAACGAGAUUCACAGGCGGAAUCUGUCACUGCAAGGCGAGGCCUGAGUGUGAUUACAGUAAUUAUCAACUCGGAGAGAGCCGGACAGAGAUUAGUGAUCUCCUGCAGCUGGAGUAAACAGAGAAACUAAUCACAGGAGCGGAGGUGCCCAAGAAAUCUGUAGUGUUACACAAGAUGAAGGUUUUAAAGGUGCGGUGAAGGAUGAAAGUCAAGAGAGGAAGUCAAGGAGAACAAGACUGAAGUCAGUGUGACUCAAUAUCAUUUCUACACUGACAGUAGAAAUCAUGAAGGAGACUUAUUAGCAGAGUGAAGACUGUUUCUGACUGAAAAGUUGAAUUAUUUCACGGCUACAAUGUGACUCAGUGUUUCUGCAGACUUUAAAGCUUGUUUCAAAGCUACUACUGCAACUAAAUACAUUAUUUUUCCUCUGCUAUAGAGAGAAAACGGCAUUUAUUAGUAGCCUAGAACCGACAGCACUGUAUAGAUUAUGAGGCUUUUUUGCUGCCUUUUGAUAUGUUUUUUUAACAUACAGUGGUGGAAAAAUGUUUUCAAACACUUUUAAAAUUCUACACAAUCUCAAAUAUUAUCAUAAAAUAUUUGUGGAAAAGUCUUUUUUGUGUUUCAAAAGGUGUGGCUGCAUUAGACAGACACAAAGACAGAUGAUGUUUUUUUGCUGGUAGCUUACAAGAAAAACUAACAAAACUAAAUUCUUGACAGUUUCAGGAUGUCAAUACUCAACAUUGUUGGCAUCAAAGUCAACAAAUAACAGAAUUUGUUCAAAACUGAACAAAAACAUACACAAACCAUCACAUCAUCAAACUAGAUGAGCCCUCAGUCGAGGGCAGAACCAUGCCCUCUGCUGGCGAAAACCCUGUCCUCCCUAUAUAACUGAUGCAAUAUGUAUCAAUUUUGAUCAUCCUACGUAUCUCUCUCCCUACUUGAUCUGCUGACCUGUAACUCCACAACUGAGCAGGGGACCUUAGACUGAUCUUCAGUGCCAAGUUUGAUUAUCCUGACUUCAGCGGUUGCAGAGAUAUCGGACCGGACAUAGCCACAUACAUACAUACAUACAUACUUACCCAGCCAGAUACUGCACUGAAUGCAAUAACCCCGCUGACGUACCCAUCGGGCAUGGUUAAUUAAUAUUUAGUAGUCCUGCCAUUAGCACACAGUAGAGCUCUAAUCCUCUCUGCCAUGUUCCCCACCAGCCUUCCACACUGUUGAGGGCUAAUCUCGUCUCAUUCCUCUUGAAUUACAGCUUUUAAUUCUUCUAAAUUCUUUGGUUUACACUUUGAAACAGACCUUUUGAUAAUCCACCACAGAUUUUCAUUGGGACUGAUGGCCGGGAAUUUGACUGAACAAUGCACGUACAAAAGGGAGCAUGUGGGUUUGGAGAACAGCAUGAUACUUGGCAGAGUUCAAUGUGAGAUGAGCAACACCUGCAGCACUCAUGCAUCCCCAAACCAUGAUACCGCCUCCACCAUGCUUAACAGUAGGUCAUGUACAUGGAGAUGAUGCUUCUCCUGGCCUUCUGGUACCCUCACAUUAGCAGGAGGAAGAUAAAGCUGGAAACUGGACUCAUCUGGUCACAGAAUCUUCUUCUAGUUCCUGGAUGUCCAGUUCUUGUUUGCUUGGGCCCAACAACGUCGGGCUAACCUCUGUCUCUCAUUGAACAGGGGCUUCUUGACAGCCUUGUAGGACCUUAAGCCAUGAUCUAAAAGUCGGCCAUGAACACUGGACACCAGUUUGGUUUGACCACUGCUGCUGAAGCUCCUGUGGUGUCAUUCAGUGGUUUUCCUGCACAUAUGGAUCAGGAUGUGGUCAUUUCUUGCUGAAGAAAACCUUAGACGCCCAGAUCUGGGUUCAUCUUCCAAGCGGUUGGUAUAUCCAACUACUGAAAGAUUGCAUCUGCACUUCCUGGUUAUCUGGCGGCAGCUUUACCCUUCCUGGCUGAGAAUCUGGAUCUUCAGGCAUGUUUCCUUCGUUAGGUUCCUUGUUUUAGCCAUUUCUGUCUCUGAAGAACUUUGAAAUGUGCUGGCUUUAUAGAGACAUGAAGCACGGCAGCAAAAACUGAGUUUUUUAAUGGAAAGCACGAACUUCAUUAGUGGAUCACUGGUACCAAAAUGACUCAUUACUCAAAAUUUCUGAUGUAUUUUUAUGGAACCAAUCAAUUUUAAGUUUUUAAUAGCUUCUUUUGGGAUGUGUUUAGUAGUUUGGCUGCGAUUGUACUGAAAGAAAUUGCUCUUGAAGACCUAAGAGUGAUUCUUAAUGUAAUUUUUCACAAAAGCAUGGGGUGUCUGAAAACUUUUUUCACCACUGUACGAGGAAAAAUGAAGGUAUUUCCAGUGUUUUUACAACCCUGCACUAAAUGCACACACGUUAAACUCAACUUCUUACUCACACAAACACACUAUGAUCAUUCAUCACUAAUUUAUAUGCAUCUGUAAGAGUAUUUAAAGGUUCCCUUCUCCUUUUAGUGUGAGAUGCUGUUUUUAUUCAGUGUUUGUGAGGCUCAGAGGACAUCAGAGCUUUAAUUUUUUUUAAUGAAAAACUGACAUGAAGUCUGGUCAUGUGGCGAAAUGGAGCACAGCUUGAUUUAAAAUUUAUCUCCUGCCCUUUUUAAUGAGGACAGAUUUUUGCUAAAUGUCCUUGUGUGAGAGCAUGAAAGAGAAGAUAAUAAAGUUUCAACUCAU